UAAUGUUGCAUGAGUUGAUCUCUUUAUUCCUGCAACAUUAUUUUGUGUUAAAUGCUCAUACAGUGCUUAUGUCUUUAUUUCUAUACCUAAUCCAUACCUAAAAUUCCCAUUUUCUGUUAAACUCAUCUUCUUUCACUCUUAAAGAAUAAGUCAUUUCUCCAUCACACACAGUGACCUUUUCUAUCUGAUGAAUUAUGAUCUUUGAUUCGGUUUGUUUUAUCCAAACAAACAGAAGAGAACUGAUUUUAUUUCCGGUUCAGUCAGAUAGAUGUGUGUUGCUUUGGAUAUUAUUUGAUGCUUAUCGUGGAUAAUAUUUCACCGAGAUUUCAGGAGGAGUGUGUUUCACCUCAAGCGAUCCCACUGAGGGAAGGAGAGAAGGGAUGAAAACAGAGGAGAGCCCGCAACCCUGUCAGCAGCAGCCUCCAUCCUCAACGCCUUUCGGUCCGGAGUACAGGGGGGGUGGAGAGGUGUGCGCGGGCUGCGAGUCUCCCAUCGCUGACCGCUUCCUGCUGCGCGUGAACGAGCGCUCCUGGCACGAGACCUGCGUCAAGUGCGCCGUGUGUUUGAGCGCGCUCACCGGGACCUGUUACUGCAGAGACCGACUGCUGUACUGCAAGCACGACUAUGAGAAGCUGUUUGUGAGGAAGUGCAGCGCCUGCCUGCAGGUGAUUGGACGCUCGGAGCUGAUCAUGCGUGUGCUGGGCCAGGUGUACCACCUCGGCUGCUUCACCUGCUGCGAGUGUGAACGCCGGCUGCAAAGAGGUGAUGAGUUUGUGCUGAAAGAGGGCCAGCUGCUCUGCCGCAUGGACUACGAGAAGGAGAGGGAAAUGCUGGCUGCUAUUAGUCCCACACCGACUGAGUCAGUGAAAAGUGAGGAUGAGGAAGGUGGAGGAGGCUCCGGCGGGGGGAAAGGUGGUGACGACAGCAAGGAGCAUAAGCGCUCAAAACGACCACGCACCAUCUUGACCACGCAGCAGCGCCGGGCCUUCAAGGCCUCCUUCGAAGUAUCUGCUAAGCCUUGCCGCAAGGUGAGAGAGACACUGGCUGCUGAGACUGGGCUGACGGUGCGCGUUGUGCAGGUGUGGUUUCAAAACCAGAGAGCCAAGAUGAAAAAGAUAGCUCGCAGACAGCAGCAACAGCAGCAGCAGCAGCAGGAACAAGAGCAGCUGGGAGGCACCAGGAGAGGGCCGAGUAGAGGAGGCCGCCAGAGCAAUGACGACAGCGAGGAUGGCUCUAGUACCCACGGCAUGGAUGGGAUGCUGGGAUAUCCCUCUCUGCCACGUCAGCAGCUACUUGCUCUGGACCCCAAUAUCUACGGUGGAGAGCCAUUUAGACAUGGCCUCACACCGCCUCAGCUGAACAGCGAGCAGCUCCACUCCUAUGACUCAGAGACGGUGUUCCACGACCUGGACAGCGACGGAAGCCUCGGUCACCUUGGAGACUGCCUCUUGGCAACGGGGGACGGCAGUCUCCUGCCAGGGCGAGUGGGAAAUCCCAUCGACCGUCUCUACUCCAUGCAGAACUCCUACUUCACCUCCUGACCCUUAUAAACUCUCACCCUUUCCCCACUCCUGUUCCACCUUUUCACCUCAGAGAUGCAGCUAAUGGAGUCUGUCCAUCAACAUGCCGGUGGGACCACUCUCCAUGAAACAGCCUACACCCAAACACACUCCUGAGCUUUUAUCACGGGCCGUCACAAAGCCAGGCAUAUAGUCAUAAUAUCACUUUUCAGCAGAUUAGCGACACGUUCCAACCAUCUUUCCUUGAUAAGAAUCACAUGCUGGAAAUACAGACACUGUAAAUGUCUCCAAGAUAUGUAAAAAAAAAAAAGACCUCAAUUUCUCCUGUUGUAUUUAUGUAAAACAUUUCAUGGCACUUUCCAACACAAAAAACAAAAACGAAAGACACUUAUCAAACAUAUUAAUAUGUAUAUCACGAUUUACAGAUGAUAAUUGGUUGUUGAAAGUGAAUUCAUCAAUCGAGUUACAUGUAUUAGGAGUCUUGGCAG